CGAGCUUGGCGAGCCGAACGCCAAUCCUCGCUGCCACUUUCGUUGCUUUGGCGCAUGUGGGAGGAUAGGAUGUCGAGUGUGAUAGUGCUGGUUGACUUGACGCCAUCUGCAUGGCCCGAAGCAGCGCUCAAAGACCUGCUCAUGAAGGACGGCACGCUGGCCAAAGGUCAGAAUCAAGUGCAUCAAGCGAAGCGACAAGCAGGCAGCUCAGGACGCACCACUUACACACGCACUCGUCCAUGGUAUUCUUGAUCUGGUCGCUCGAUUGGUCUGUCUGUCUGACUAUGCGUGUGUGUGCUGUGCAGUGCUGAAGGAGCUUCAGACGGACCUGUGUGUGGCCAAGGGCAAGGGCGGCUUCGCAGACCCCGCAUACAUGUGCCUCGUGCCCCUCCUCUCACCCGCCCUGCCGCCCACCUUCACCUGGUUCCCACUCACACCCCCCACACCAUCCAAGCAGACCCCCGCCGCCAACGUCCACUCGCUCCUCGUCAGCCAGCUCACGGCCCUUCUCAUCCACCAUAUCGUCCUCAAGAACGCUUGGAGCGACUCGGGCGCGAUGGCGGCUGUGAUGCAGGUGGUUGAGGGUGCGUUCAAGUCGCUGCCGAGUCACUUAACACACCGGGCGAGGGUCAAUGGGGCCAGGAGGGAGACGGAAGGAGAGCACCAGGUGGGGAGAGGGGAGAGGAGAGGGAGAGGGAGAGGGAGAGGGGGAGGGACCAUUGGCGCACAGUGCCUGUCCGUGUGAGUGUGUGUGUGUGUGUGUGGUUGGGUUGUUGUGCAGGUGACUGUGUUUUGGCUGGUGGAUGUGCCGCGUGCCGUUGAUCGCUGGACGAAGGGCAUGGAGGACGGAGGCAGCCAGGAGGGCAAAGUGUCACGUCUUAAGACAGAGAUCGAGACGCUGGCCAGCGGGCAAAGUGAGAGAAGAAGGACUGCCUGCCUGCCGACUUCAAGAACAUUCAUUGGCUUGCUGUGUAUGUGUGUGUGUUGUCUUUGUUUGUCAGAUUUGCCUUUUGUGCCGAGUCACUUCCGUGUGGCUCUCGAGAUACGGCUGCUUGAGCCUGAAGGAAACCCCACAUGGCAGGUGCGGUGGGUGGGAUGGAAGGAGUCUCCGCACUCGUAUUUGGUGACUGUGGUUGGUGUGUGUGUGUGCGUGUGUGUGUGUGUUGGCUUGACUUGACAGGGUGCAUGUCUGGCGUGCCGGAGUCUGUUCCCCCUGCCCGUGUUCGUCAAGGACUCGCCCGAGGGCCGCACUGACAUGCGACACGACCUGGUUCUCGCGGCCAAACGACUCGUGCACACACAUUGUGAGCCAAGCACCGGUCUGCCUUUACAUUACAGGCCAGUCCAGCCUCACACGCGUGUAUGUUUCUCGUGUCUUGUUUGGUGUGUGCAGUUCCCAUCGGAGUGCAUCACCUGGAUGUGUCGCUGCCCCCGCUGUCCAACAGCGCGUCACCGGCGGCCGCAGCGGUGGUGUGGGACAGAGUGAGGAUGUCACUCAGCCUGAGACCCGACCCACUGCUCACACCCAUCAGACACACACAAACAGGUGGGUGCACACACAAUAGGGACUCACUUGGUCGUGCACACGACGCGUGUGCGGAAUCAUGUCUGUACCUGUGUGUCUGUGUGUGUGUGGGUCUGUGUGAUUGCAUGCCAUGCAGGCCGUAUCUUGGAGCUGCCGUCGUGUAUGCCCCCGGUGACCGGGAGAGCCAUCAAAAUCACUGGGUUGGUUGGUGAAUGGCAUGCCAGGCAGUGUCCGUGUCGUUCGUAUCAUUCAUUCGUUUGCUGUGGCUGGGCUGUGCCGGCGUCUCAUUCAUUCACUCAGGACUGUGCCGGCGUCUCACGUCAUGGAUCGGCGCGUGGUGGCCUGGCGGACAGACAUGAUGAACGAACAGUUCAUCAGGUGAGGGAGUCAGUGAGUGAGUGACUCAUCGACCGACCCAUCCCGAAGGUGGAUGUCUGUACCUGUAUCUGUCCCUCUGUGUGGGUGUCCUCCCUCCCUCCCUCCCUUCCUCCAUGCAUCCCUCUGUUCCUCCCUGCAGGCGGCUUCACAAGUCCCUCCAGGGGAAGGCUGCCUACCACAAAGUGCUCCUACUCGUAAGCCGGCCACACAAUUCACUCGUGAUUUCAUGAGUACUCAAAGCUAACCACACCCAUUCCGUUGAUGGCGUCUUUGCCUGCCAUGCAUGUCUCCGCAGCUGUAUGCGAGCCCGGAGCACAGGGUGGCCUACCCCGCUCUGUCGGCCAUAUCAUCCCCGUCAUCCUCAUCGCCAUCGUCAUCAUCAGCUGCUGGGCCCCAGGAGGAUGUGUCAGGUGGUCAAGAGGGCCAGGGCCAGGACGACUCGUACUUCUCGCCGGGUCUGCCCUCCCCUUGGUUCGCCGUCCUCUCACACGACAAAGAUGCCACGCCUGACGGUAUGCUCCUCUCCUCUCCUAUCCCUCCUCUCAACAAUCACAAACUGAGACCAGCCUGCCAAUGAAUGAAUGAAUGGUCGUUCGUGUGUGUGUCUGUGUCUGUGGUGUGGUGUGAUGAACAGAGUGGAUACUGGACAUUCUGUUCCCCUCUGCGGUCCCGGAUGCCUUCCUCCCAACCCUCACCACCACCCAGACCACCCCGGCCGUCGAGCAGCCAGCCGUGCCCGUGCCCGUCCCCUCCCCCAGCGGCACCCUGCCCUCCGACUCACCCUCAGGCAACGAAUCUACCGUCGGCAAGCAGCAGCAGCAACAGCACAAGACACAGCAGCAGCAGCAGCAGCAGCAGCCGGGCGGCGAGGGUGACGCGGCCAAGCAGACGCCAGCUGCUGCACCGGAAGUACCGGCAAUGCCACAGCUGCAGCAGGCGAAGGCGGCCAAGAAGCCACCAGCAGCAGCCCCACCGCCCUCACAAGCACCAGCAGCAGCACCAGCAGCAGCACCAGCGGCAGCACCAGCAGCGCCAGCAGCGGCUGCCGCCAAGGCCAAGCAGGCCAAGGCCAAGCCCAAGCCCAAGCCCAAGGCGGCUGUGCCAGAGCAGCCAGACGUCAAAAUGGCGGCCGCGGUGGAGGAUGAAGAUCAGCCGCUGGCGACACGCAUGCCGCCGCGCAAGACCAACAGCGGUGUGCCAGCCGGCAAGAGCAAGGCGAGGGCCAAAGCCAAACAGACCAGUGAGGCCGGUAGUGCUGCUGCCGCUGCUGCAGCAGGCGGCAAUGGUGCCGGUGGCGGUGGGGGUGGGGGUGGUGGUGUGAAUCACAAGAGGUCAGCCACAGAGAUCAAUGUUGUGGGCGGACCGCCGGCCGCCAAGGCAAAGGCCAAGAAGACCAAGGAGUGAGUGAGGAAUGGUGUAGCUGUAGCGGGGGCGGACA